AUGGAAGAAGACUUUAAUCGGUGUGAUUUAUGUCGCGCAAAACUCUGCGGUUUUUCUCCACCCGCUGAUUUAACUCCCAUUACAGCACUACUCCCAUGUCUUCAUACUUUUUGUCCGACCUGUAAAACUAAAUGUGAACAAGCAUCAAUGAAUCACCAGACGUUGAUUUGCCAGGUUUGCCGUACGGAAUGUCUGCGAUCUCAUGUACUUAAUCUUCCAAAUGCAAGCGAUUGUACUGUAAGAAGGUGUGAAUCUGCAGUCUGUCCAGAUAAGCAUCAGGCCACAACUAAAUGUAUUAUUUGCAAUGAAGCUUUAUGUGCUGAUUGUAGUCUAGCACAUCAACGCGUCACCGCGACAUCUUCUCAUUUUUUGCAAACUUUAUGCCCUGUGAUUCCGAAGUGUAUCCGUUGCCAUCUCCAUAACAAUAUGAAAAUUGUGUCGCUAUGUCAGUGUGGAUCGUAUGUAUGUAUGACGUGUGUCGCCAGCAGGCUUCAUGAGGGCCCUUCACAUAUGAUAACACCCUUAUCUCAUCUACCAAAUGCUCAUGUCGAUGAAAGUAAAAUUACGUCUUCAACAGCACGAGAGACAACACAUAUAGAUUGCAGUUUAUCAAUGAUACAAGUGCGCAAGAAUGCUUUAAGUGAACGUGUUGCUAAUUUAAAGAAGGAAGUUGGGAAUCAAGUUGUACAUAUUUGUCAAGCGGUGAUGAGGAGGGGAAAUGAUCUGUUGCGGGCGUUGGAUGCCGUUCAAUUUUAUAAGGGACAGGAAUAUGACAAACUUCGUAAUGAGCUAUUCUGGCAAAAACAACGAUUCAGUAGAAUUAACUCGUACGCUUCACGGAUCAAAGAUUUUGAAGAUCUCACUACGCUUGUAAUCAUGCGGCAGUUUUUGGAAAACUGUAUAAUAGUUAUUAAAGCAAAGAAAGUCAGCAGUGAGAGAAGCUUAAAUGGCCUGCAGCGUCCAGCAACAGUGCAGUUUAAACCCGAUACAGAACAUAUUCUAGCGAAUAUUAGUCAAUGGGGACGGAUUUUUGCCGAAGUCGAUGAUUUAGGAACACUAAAAACUGUUGAAGUUACGCCAACACCUCUUUCUUCAAGUCCCAUAGAUGUUCCAUUGUUUGACACCGCGACGAAUAAGUCGAGAGGAUCUUGUUCAUCAACAAAUAUCUAUGCACAACGCUCGUGUUCUAAUGGAUCGGUCGGGUCGAGCACCUCAAAUCCCAGUACCAUGAGACCGUCAGUAUCACAGGAGCAUUCUCGGCUUUUGCAACAACAGCAGUUUCAUGUUCAGGAGUUGGCUGCAAGACAAAUGCAAAAUGCUCGAAGGCAGGGAUUUCCGCAGUCCCAGUUCCUCGGUUCUUUGUUGACUGAAAACUCUCAACGUUCUGGAUCUAUUCAGUUGCCCGGUCCACGAUAUUCGUACCCAUAUGUUUCUGGGUUGACUCCAACCGAACGACCGUAUGUUUCUCCGUAUACCCUGCCUGCUGGGCAGAUUAUCCCAUAUGCUUCUCAGCGAAUGUUUUUAUCAAGUUCUAUACCAACUCAACAAUCACCAACAUCAAAUUUAGUUGAAGCAUGUAACAGUGUUCACCGAAUCUCGAAUGUUCAAUUAACGGGCUCACCGUCGGGAAGCAGUUUAUCUGGGACUUCUUUAGCUCCAGGGACUCAUGCAAGUUCGCUUCCGAGGCGAUCUGGAGAAUCAUUAAUGCAAACUAGUCGGCUUGGCAUGGUCAAUCUCUUACCGGUUUCAAGUUCGAAUUCAGUUUCCACUGUCUCUUUUUCUACUACUACACAAGCUAUAUCAUCCAGUUCAGUCACAGUAAAUACUCAGCCUAUCGACAAUUCAAACAAUGCUAUUGUAUGCACUCAAAAUGCUGACACUUCUGCACCUGAUGAUAGAUCUGGUGUAUGCUUUAAUUCACAGGUCUCUAAUCUCAGUGUAACACCUUCAUCCCAACAGAAGUGUGCUCCUACGAAUUCUGGAACGUCAGCGAGUACAUGUGUUAGCUCACCACCACCAAAAGACCCCGAACCAGCUCCACUGAAAAUAACGGUUAACAUCAAAAAAAGCAACAAUGAUGAAAUUGUGAAAAUAUCAAAUAUGUUCACACAGUUGGAUCAGAGCAGACUGUCGGAUCCGGAGCAAAUGAGAACUGGAAGUGAGCAGCAAGGAAGUUCGGCAGAUAAUGAUGAGUCAAGAUGGGAUGAUUAUUGCUAUGUGUGCCAGCAAGGCUGUGAUGAAAAAACUGGCUCUCUUGGUUGUUGUGCGCGUUGUCCACGAGUUUUUCAUAAUAUUUGUCAUAUCCCAGCUAUAAAAGAGCAAAUGGAGAAUUUACCGGAUGAAUGGGCAUGUUCAUUAUGUACUGAGGCAGAACCAUUGCACGAAAAUGCGGGUACAAUGGGACAACGGGAGAGAUUGCUCUGCUCAAAGGUUUUACUAAGUUGCUAUGAAAAACAUUUGGAUGUGGAACCAUUUUGUCAGCCUGUGCCACGAACUGUCGUUAGUUAUCAUGUGAUCAUUAAACAGCCCAUGGAUUUUUCUACUAUUGCACGACGUUUGAAAGAAAAAUCGAAGGAUGCAUUCACGAACGUUGCACAGUUUAUCCAGUGCAUGAACUUAGUUUUCGAGAACUGCUCGACCUUCAAUGCACCAGGUGAUGAAGUAGCGAAGGCGGGACGUUCUGUCUACCAAAUAUAUAGUAGAGCAGUAAAAGAGAAUCUUCCGUGUAUGAAAAGUCAGGUGUGGUUAUAUGUGAAUAGAUAUUCGGAAAAUCGUCAUGCAGGACUAAUGCAAAAAGAGCAGAAUGCCCAAGCCUCAUCUUCCAGUGCACGGGUGCAUGAAACAUCUGCAGAACCUGUUACUAAGAAGAUCAGAAAGGAAGUUAAAAGUGAAUUUAGUGAAAUCGCAUAA